AUGUCAGAUAAAGAAGCUCUAUAUCAAUUCAACAAGAAACCAGUCAAUUCUGAAAUGGUUCAAUACUUAGUUGACACAACAUACUCUGUCAUCAAAAUCAAACCUUCAGCUUCAAAUUCAUAUCCAUCACCUCCAAGUUCACCAAAUGGUCAAGAUCCAGUUUCUUUAUUUGAAUUCAUUCGUCGUCUUAUAAAACAUUCAAAUGUUCAAACUCCAACUUUAAUGUCAACUUUAGUUUAUUUAACAAGACUACGAGCAGUCUUACCAUCAAAUGUCUAUGGUAUCGAAACUACUCGUCAUAGAAUCUUUUUGGGUUGUUUAAUUCUUGCUGCCAAAUCUUUGAAUGACUCUUCACCAAUAAAUAAACAUUGGACUGCAUAUACUGAUGGAUUAUUAUCAAUUCAAGAAGUUAAUACUAUUGAACGUGAAUUAUUAGAUUAUUUGAAUUGGGAUUUAACAAUCACUCAACAAGAUUUAUACAAUUCUUUAUCAUUCUUUUUAAUUCCAAUUAAAGCUAAAUUAAAGAAAAUUGCUGAAAAUGAUUUAAUAACAAGACAAAAACAUUACAUCACUUCAACUCCAUCAUCAACAAGAUUAGCUUCAAUGGUAGCACCAAGAGCCAAACCAGUUUCAAACUCUUCAAGUGCAAGCUCUGUCCCAAGUUUAUUAUCAAAUUCUUCAUCAAGAUCAACUUUAUCAAGUAUUGGAACUCAACAAUCUUCAAACUCUAUUAAUAACAUGUUGAACCAAUCACAACCUGUUAUACUAGAACAACCAGAAUAUAAUUAUCAAACAAAACCAUUAAGACAACUUACACCUUCAAAAUCUUCAAAUGGUGGCUAUAGACCAUUGAGAUUAAGAUCUUCAAAUGAUAAUAAUCAACAAAUCUACUCAAAUAAUAUGAAUAAUUCACAAUCUUCAAAUUUAAAUUAUGAAAAAUCAAAAAAUAUGAUGUUAGCUGCUGCAGGAAAGAUUACAAGAGCUUUCUAA